UUUUUACAAAUAAUUUACAAUGAUGACCACAUCUAAUAGUGAUUCGCCUUCCUCCCCAAAUAAUGAAGAAUCCACUGAGGAAACGAAACAAGAACGUGCGGCUAUAGAAGAAAAGAUAGUUAACGAGGAAUAUAAAAUAUGGAAGAAAAACUCGCCAUUUCUUUAUGAUUUGGUUAUUACUCACGCGCUUGAAUGGCCUACACUAACGUGUCAGUGGUUUCAAGAUAUAGAAAAACCUGAAGGAAAAGAUUAUACAAUUCAACGCUUAUUAAUUGGCACUCAUACAUCAGAUAAUGAUCAAAAUUAUGUUGAAAUCGCUAACGUACAACUUCCAAAGAGUGAUUCCGAUAUUGAUCCUCGAAAAUAUGAAGAAGAAAAAGCAGCAGGUGCACAUGGUGAAAGUCGAAUAACAGUUGUUCAGAGGAUAAAUCAUGACGGCGAAGUUAACAGAGCGCGAUACAUGCCUCAAGAUCAAAAUAUAAUUGCAACAAAGACUGUAACUGGAGAUGUAUAUAUAUUUGAUCUUACAAAGCAUCCAUCUAGGCCUCUUGCAGAAGGAGUUUGUAACCCUGAACUAAAAUUGCGAGGACAUACAAAAGAAGGAUAUGGGUUAUCUUGGAGUCCAUUUGAUAAAGGUCAUAUUUUAGAUGCUUCAGAGGAUACUACUAUUUGUCAUUGGAAUAUUAAUGGAAAUACAAGAGAAACAAGAACAAUGGAGCCAUUUAGAGUUUAUCGAGGACAUGAAGCAAUCGUCGAGGAUGUUGCGUGGCAUACGAAAGACCCACAUAUUUUUGGUUCUGUAGGGGACGACCAAAAACUACUUAUUUGGGAUGUGCGUCCAGAUAGAGCCGAUAAACCAGUACAUUCAAUUAUCGCUCACCAAAGUGAAGUUAAUAGUUUAGCAUUCAAUCCGCAUAAUGAUUUCAUUUUGGCAACUGGUGCAGGUGAUAAGACCUUAAGUUUAUGGGAUCUACGUAAUCUUAAAAUUAAGUUACAUACACUUGAACAGCAUACCGGUGAGAUUGUUCAAGUUGAAUGGUCACCGCAUGACGAGACAAUUCUCGCAUCUGCUGCAGGUGAUCGUAGAGUUAAUAUAUGGGAUUUAAGUAGAAUCGGUUCAGAACAAACGGCUGAAGAUGCUGAAGAUGGUCCGCCAGAAUUAUUGUUUAUGCACGGUGGACACACUAAUAAGAUUUCGGAUUUUAGUUGGAAUCCUCAUCUUCCUUGGGUUGUUGCCAGCGCUGCAGAAGAUAAUAUUAUCCAAGUGUGGCAACCGGCUGCGAAUAUCUAUACUAUUGAUGAAAGGGAAAUUCCAGCUGAUGAAUUAGAAGAUUAAAACAAAAAAAAAAAAUAAUUUUAUUUUUUUUUUAAGAUUUCGUGAUUUUAUUAAGGGAAAAAAUUAUAUUGAGUUUAAUAAAUUACAAAUAAUACAAAUAGCCAAGGUAACUAGACUAACUAGACUAUUUACCCUAUUGAAUUUUCACUCACGUGAUUUUGCAAAAAUUUUAAUAUUUCGCCAAAUUAAAACUAUUUAAAAACGAUAAAAUAAAAUUUGAACAUGUAGUGUGAAACGAACAAAUUUUGUUACUAUUUACUAUUUAAUAAUAAUGUAAAUAAUAAGCCGCAGAAGUGGCAGAUCAUAGAAUAAACUGCCGGUAGAUUUUACUAAUCCUUGCCGGG